AUGUCAUGGAAAUAUGUACUCGUUGCAGUUUCUAUCCUUCAAAUUGUUCACAGAGUCAAGACGCUGGGUCAAUUACACAAGACGAUUAUUAGCACUCAAGAUGCAGUCUGCAACGACAAUUCGCGUGCGGUGUUCUACAUCGGACAACGACGGACUCAUAACUGGAUUAUUUUCUUUGAGAGCGGGGGUCUUUGUUCGUCGAAGGCAGACUGCAACAAGCGAUAUUUGAACAAGAAUUCGACUGUGUUAAUGUCUUCGAAGUAUCUGCCUGAAAAAGUAAUCGGAAGAGAUAUCUUGUCUUCUUCAAAAAGUGAAAAUCCGACUUUCUACAACUAUAAUCAUGUGUUGGUCCCUUAUUGUAGCAGUGACCUGUGGCUUGGUAAAAAAUCAACUCACCGGAACGGAUCCUUUGAUUUCGUGAAUGACCCGUCCGUAGAUAACUUCAGUUUUAAAGGCCAUACGAUUUUUCGUUCAGUAUUUAAAGAUUUACACAAGAACUACAACAUUGCAUUUUCAGAAGAGAUCGUGGUUUCGGGAAGUAGUGCCGGAGGGAUAGGAGUUUUAAAUCACGCAAAUUGGCUAACAACAAACUUCACCAGUUACUUAUCAUCGAAGCCCAGAUUUCUUUUCAUAAUAGACUCAGCAUGGUUUAUAAACUUCCAAGAUGGCUUUAAAUCCAGAGUGAACUCUGAAUUUGGCAAAUUAACGAACAUUUCGUCGGCUGCAUGUGCAGAUAUGCGAUAUGGUUACGCAUGUUGCCUAUCAGCGUCGUGUCUCCUUACACACCACAUUUCGACCGCAAUGCAAAUGGCGUUUGUUUUUAGUUUGUACGACAUUUAUAUGUUUGCGGACGUGCUUAAAAGGCUUGAAAGUCAGGGAAAGACAGCCGAAAAUCAUGUAGCAGAUUUUUUAUCUGCAGUAAGUAUGUAUGGCGGAGCCAUGAAUGAGUCACUGGAAAUUCCUCAAAGGCGUCGUGUUAGUUUUUUUGUCCCGGCUUGUUUUCAACACACUUAUUUGAGUACGUCAAGUCUUUGGGACAAAGACAGCGUUUUACAACCUUUGGUAGAAGUUACCCGAGACAAUGGAAAAUUCAGGUAAAAAGAAUUAAUUGAAAUUAAUUUUUCGUGCUUGCGACAAGUUUGGAGGUACUCCAAACCCAAAUGAAGUAAAUAUCUCUGUUCCUUCCUGUUAUCAGGUGACCUUUCACACACGUCGGAUUAUCUUGGAUAAAAUACUUGAAUGCACUACCUUCCGGUACAGACAGUGCUAUAAAAAGAAACGCAAAUCGAUUGAAAAAGGAAAAAAAAAAAACCAGUCAAAGCGGAACAAAAUAGGGAUCUCGAUAGCUCAAGACACCUUGAUGAAGAGAAAAAUAUUCCAAUCGCUGCCUUAGGGGAAUUUUUGGCCUAAUCCCAUCCCUUAGCCCAUAAAAAGGACGAGUCCGUUCAUGUUUGGUGUAUACCCUCCUUUGAAAAUGCGUGGUUCUCAUGUGCAAAGUCCUUCUGUUCAUGAGUACAAAUAAAUACCCGGAUGUAAGGGUGGAAAAAUGUCCUCGUGGGUGGGGAAGAGGGGCUGGUGCAACAGCAGAUGAGUAUCAUCUCCUUUAAGGCACUAAGAAUUUCUCUUUAACUUUGCUUAAUUUACUUGUGGGAGACAUUUCAUUUAACGGGAUAUUGUCAAAAUAACAGGUUCUUUUUAGCCUGUGUCUAUUGUGACAAAAUAGUUUUCCUUUUUCCUUCAUAGUCAUACAGUGAAAAGUGGAACUUGGUCAUCAACAAAAAUUAAAAAUGGGACUUCCAGCAUCAGCAUUCAAGAUUUCUUAUCUACCUGGGUGAAAUCCAGUAAUACCACCUUCAAGGUGAUUGACAGCUGCAUUGGUGCACACUGCAAUCCAACCUGCCCUGAUAAACUAAUUUUCGUGGAUGCAGGUGAAGUCUGGCAUGAUGUUAUUAAAGUAAUCAUCAUCACAUUUUCCUUGGUUAUCACAGUGCUUUGUUCUGGACUGAAAGCAAGUUUUAUGGUUUACUAUCGCUAUUUAAUGAAAAGACAGAAAAGUUAUCUCAAUGACAGUGAAACUUCUCAAGCAAGAAAGGAGGUAAGCAUGUGUUACCAGUUACAGUUAGAUUUCGACCAUGUCAUCCUCUUUGAAGUGCUCUAGCCCUCACCCUGAGGUGUGAUCACCCUACCCAUCUUACUCCCCACUCCUGCUAAACUCUUUUAUCCCUUAGAGUGAUUGGCAUCUAAUUUCUCCUUUCAAUGUCACCCCUGAAUCCAACAUUAAUGUCAUGAGAAUAAAGGAAAUGAUAAUCAAUUGAAGAACCUCUUUAUUGUUUAACAAAUUCUCCUUGUCAGCACAUCAGGAAAUGUAGAGAGAACAGUAUAGAGAAUUUGCAUACUGAUGUCAGGGUGUAAAGGGUUAAGACAAAAUGAAUCCUGAAAGAUCUAAGAUUAACAAAUACUGUCAAACGUUUGUUUAAGAAAGUGUUAGAAGGGGAAACCUAGUGCUCUAUUCCUAGAUAGGGCAUAUUAGAAAGUGGGAAUUGUUAGAGGUGGCUUAAUAAAAGGGGGCUUAUAAGAGAUGGAGCCUGAUAGAGAGGGGCUUGUUGGAGGGGAAGUGAUAGGAAAAGGGACGUAAUAGAGAAGGGGCAUAAAACAGAAGGAGGAGGCUAAUAGAAAGGGGGCUUAAUAGAGAGGGGCUUUAAUAGAGAGGAAGGCUGGGGGGUCCUUAGAGAAGGUGGAGUUAACUAGAGCGGAACUUGCGGGGCCGUAACAAUGGGAGAAGUCAGAUAGAUAGAGGAUGAUUAUUAGAGGAUGAUUAUUAGAGACGGGGGGUUAUUAUAUUAGGAGGGGGGUGUAGUUUACAAGAGAGGGGUUAAAAAGUGAGGAGGAUCAAUGAAACAUUCACGGUUCAUAUGUCUUUUUUUGUAGCUUCCACUUUGCAAGGCGGGUGAAACUGUUAGUAUAGCUUGCUUGUCCUUAACAUAUGAAGUGGAUGUAAAGGAAAAGAAAAAGAAAGCUGACGAUGGUAAGAAUAGUAAAAUUGUACAUUGUUUACUACAGAAUACUGAUAGAGUUUCACAAAACAGUUUGAAGGAUUACGCCUUCCAAUAAAUCUUGAUUGAGACCUUUUACAGCUUUUAUGUUUUCCCCAAAGACCACACGGGGGAAAUCGCUAAACGUCAAAAUAGGUUCCAGGCCUUUCGCGUUUUGUGAGUGAUUCUAGCUCCCCGUAAAGAGCUUAUUGGUUAGCUCUAAAGCGGCCAGGCACGGUCGUUUAAAGGAUGUUAAAGGGUGGAUAAUGCGAUCCACUGCAUAAAUCUUUAUCCGGUGUAUAGCGCGGUACAUUUUGUUAAAAAUUAUCCGAUGGAUAGCAAUUUACCCGUAGGUUAUCGUUAUCCGCCCGUUGGAGUCCAGGUUAAGAUUUUGCAUUGAUCGUUAGAAAUGAUUUGAGCCUAAGGUUUUCCUGUUACUACAAAAAUCAGCACCUACAUUGCCAAGAAGGUUUUAAGACAGCGUGUGGGCCUUUUUACGCUCUUUUGUGCGCUUCUUUUGGAACUGCUGUAAUGUAAAUCCUUGUACGUUUUAAGAAGAAUGCUUGAGUUGAUAUUUUUUCCCUUUGUCAGACCUCAGCUCUGAAGAAACCAGCAGUGUGAUCAGAACAGAUAGGAACAGUAAAACAUCACUUACACUUCGAGGUUGCCUUGUGGAGGAAGACUCUGGCAGCGAUGGACAAGAUUAUGAGGAAAGUAAAGAUGACGAGAUAGACGGCGACUUGAACUCUCUACCUUCCAAGUUGACAAAUGGUUCUACGAAUCUGGAAACAGAAUCGACGGAAACUUCCCAAAAAUUUCAAGCUGAGUCUUCGUUGGCCAAAUUGGACGGUCACUCCACUUGGGGGUCCCAUACGGGAAGUGAAAUAGCACUCUUACAAGGUAGCAACACAGAAAUCAAACAAAUCCCCGUGGAUGCGGCUGAUGGUAACCCCUCUAAAAAACAAAUUCUUAAAGGUGUGUCGGCGUAUUUCAAUACCGGAGAGCUGGUGGCGAUCAUGGGACCAUCUGGAUGCGGAAAGACAACACUACUUGACUUGUUAACAGGAAGGCGGCGCUCUGGACAUUUUAAGGUUUGUGUGAGUUUUUUUCUCGCUUCUUCUUAAGGAAAAAAGGAGUUAAGGUUGAAUUUAUCUCAAAUUUAAUAAACUAUAUGAUUGCAGGGCGGUUCAACAUAUUCUAUAAACCUUUGAAACAUGUGAUUGCGGUACGCGUCUCUUGAAAUCCGCGACAAUGGUCGACAACCGAACCUUUCCGAGAAAGACACGGUCGGAAAUCGAAGCUUUCCGUACGAUGCACGGUUGUCUUGUUGCAUGUCACUACUAGGUUGCCUUCUAUACAAGAUUUUGCAUGGCAUGAUAGAAUUAGCAUGUUACGGGAUGUUUCGGCAUGUUCUGGUGCUCCGAGUUCGAGCGCAUGCGGAGUCGUGCUACAGUUGUACGGGUUAUUAAACUGUAAAUACAGUCAUACUCAACGUUGCAACUAUACCCUAAUAACCUUUGUUGGUAAAACACUAAACUAAAAAAUUUCACGAGACUUUCGAAAUUAAUAACAAAGAACUUAAUCAUAAUGCUUCCGAUGAACUAAAUCAACCUCUGACUGCGUUAGCCAAAACAAAAACUUUCGUGUGGGUCCAAAGCAAGGCUAGUAGACAAACUAAGCACGUCCGCUUUAGGAAGUUAGACAAGAUUGUCGCAAUUCGGAAACUCAUCACGACAGCUCAAAAAAAAUGUAGUAUAGACAAAAGAUUAAAUCAUACUGAACUGACUAAAUAAAUUACUAACUAUAAACUAACUAAAUACUUCAUAACACAAGGAUUGCUUCACACGAUUUUUGAAAAAUUUGAUCAGCUUAUUUUUCAAUUUCCGAAGAAUUUUAUUGCGCACUUUCGUUUUAUUCCACUUUUUCUGUUUUCUUUCCUUUGAGGUAUUAAAACCCUUUUCAACCCUUCAAAAACUGUACCUUGAAACAGGUGGUGUAAGUGAACUCUAUUUAUCCCUUACCUCCAUAUCUGUUCUAACUCACAUAUCCUGUAGGGCCAGGUGUACAUCAACGGAGUUGGCCUGGGUCAAGUGCAAGACUGGUAUGCUCGUAAGAUUGGUUAUGUGUUACAGCUGGCUGUGCCUUAUUAUGAGGAGCUCACUGUGCGGCAGAAUCUCUUUUUUGCUGCUCACAUGCGGCUACCCAAAGAAACGAGUGCUGCAAAGAAAUACGAACGCGUUGAACAAAUUAUUGCUGAGGUUAGUUAUUCACUUUCGAUAAACUUUGGUUUAACUUUGGAGGAAAUUUUUUAUUUUACUGGAGUCUGGAAGUAGGGUUCACAAAGCAGAUUCAGGGGCACAUACAACUGGGGCUGCCGAAGGAGUAUUACAAAGGGACCCUUAUUAGCUUUAAGCUAAGACCAGAUUGAGUAAAUACCUUGCCAAUCCGUGAGUUAAGAAGUGUGAUACACCCGAAGGACCUUGGCCUUGAAUAGUUGGGGCUUAGAGGCGUUCUUUUAGAAGGAGCCCAGUGCACAUUGCUCUCUGCGCCUUCAGAGAAUGUAUUAUAGCCAAGUAAAUUUAAACUGGUUCUGUUUCUCUCUGUACCAGACUGGAUUGACACAAAUGGCUAACACGGUUGUAGGAGGAUCAACGGGCCUGGGUUUGAGUGGAGGCCAAGUAAGUAACAUAUCAACUGCACUUCUUACAAGGAUUAAAAGCAGGCGAACGGUGGAUUGAAAUAACCGGUCGAAAUCGACGUUAGCAGGACUUCGUCACCUCCUGUUGGAUAUGACUACCUUUUUUAGUUUACUAAACCUCAGUACUCCAAAAUCUCAUACCACAUUUCUGUUUGGUGUAGAAACGUCGCCUAUGUGUAGCUCUCCAGUUGAUUAACAUGCCCUCAGUGCUUUUUCUCGAUGAACCAACCUCAGGUGAGUGACUGUUAAAUCGUGAUCGUGAUAAAGCAAGCGUUCAUUCUCUGUGAUAAGCAUUUGCCACUACAUGCAAGGCGGAGAAGUAAAGGGCACAGAGAUGCAUAUUUCUUUUGAUGUCUGUAGUACUGUAAUGCCCCAGCUUUUAUCCCUCAGCCCCCCCCCCUCCGAUGGCGUAGCGAGAGAGGGGGGGCCCUGGGGUGCCCGUGACCACCCCUUCCCCCUUUAAAAAGCCUCCUUUGUCACAUUAAGAAAACACGGCGCUGAGAGCCCUCUAUUAGACACAGUGUGAACCCCCCUUUCAAAAAUCCUAGCUACGCCCCUGGUCUUUCCUCUUUCCCUCUGGUUAUAGACCUUACAGCGUCAUUGCCUUGAGUGGCCUGGCGGGUUUGUUCUGCCUCUCCAUUAUAUCCUCCAUUCCUGCAUUUCUCCACCAUGAUUCUCAUUGCCCUCUCUUUCCCCCGCUGUUUCCCGUGCUCACUACUACAAAUGGUCAUACACAGCACCGCUGCCUUAAGAUCGAGGCUUAGUAUUCAUUUAACUAUUCCAAACAAGUCGCUAUGACUUAUUUUCUUUAUACGAUCUUAAGCAGAAUUGUAAACCUGUGUGACUGUUUUUUCGGCGACACGAAGCUACUUUUAGCUGCAAUUUGUGACUGCAACGCGUUGUUGUUAUUUGCCACCUAGUGUGAUCCCAUCCUCGGUUUAAAAUCAAUUUUAAUUCACAUUUUAUGUUUAAACCAGGUCUGGACGCAUCGUCUUCCCUAGAGCUGUUGAAUCAUCUCAAUCUUGUUGCUGAAUCAGGCAGACUUGUUAUUCUCACUAUUCAUCAGCCCCGGCUAGAAAUCUUCCAUCUUUUUCACAAGAUUCUUUUCCUGUGCGAUGGUCAGGUAAAACAGUUGGUUGCUAACUGGUCGUCGCUUGUUUGGUUGAUCUGCUCUUGCGCGAUCUUUCUUUCGUUCUUCGGUUUGUUGGUUCGUUUUUACGUUCGUGCGUACUUUAGUGCACACUUAUGUCUACUUGUUUGUUUAUUGUUCGCUCCUUCGCUUUUGCGUGCUUGUUCGUUCUUUUCGAACGGUGAUCUUUAGGAAAGGUUUCGUUUCGUUCGUUUGUGUGCGCGUUCAUACGCGUGUGCGUGCGUAAGUGCGUUCGUGCAUUUAUUGUUUCGUUCAACAGUAUGUAUUUUGGUCGUUCUUUUGGUCGUUUAUUUGUUUGUACCUUUGUUUCCUUUCGUUUAGUUGGUUAGUGAUUUUUCUGUUUGUUUAACUGUUUACUGUUACAUUAUUUUUCUAGGUAGCCUACUAUGGGGAACCUUCUAUGGCACCAGAACUUUUUAUCAAAGCUUACGCUGCAACUUCUGAGGAAUACCAGCUGAGUGAGGAAGCACCGAAAAUUGACGCAAAAAAUCCCGCAGGUGAAAAGGUCUUUCUUGUUAUCGCGAGUCACACAAUUGGAAAUGUUAAUUUUGAGCAAAUGGAUAUAUCUUUCGUGGAAUUCGACUUUCUGUUUUGCAAAAGAUGCUGCACCUACGAUGUUGUUCCGUUAGAGUACUCUGUCCGUGUUGAAAUUGCUUUUCAAUUGACCAACGGAAUCACAAAGUAACCAUAAAAGCCAAUCAGAGCAAAGGGAAUUAUGACGAGGAGCCAAUGAAAACUCGAUAUAAAAACAUGCAGCAGGCGAAAGCGCGGAAAACGCGAGUGAAAAACGCGCGAAUGAUUUCACCUUUACAUCUGACUGGUUGAGAGAAUGGGGCGAGAUUUCUAAACCAAUCACGGAGUGACGCACGUUAAAACCAUUGCAAUCACUUUCGAUUCUCAACACUUAUUUGAAAUUGCUUCAGCAAUUAAACUUACUUUUGCGCGUCAAAAUUUAUGUUACAAAUACUGACGAGCCUUUCAAUAUUGUCUUUUCAAAUUUACCCUUUAGAUACCAUCAUGGAUUUACUGAAUUGCGGUGUCGCUCGUCGUGCCAUUUUGGAUGUUUACCAAAGAAGCGGAGAGCCACAGGCAGUCCAGGAAGCCAUUAAAACAUCACAGGAAAAGGCCAGUAAGACGGUUACCAUGGAGAAAAUGAAAAUGAUGUACGUACUGUAAUAAAUGAAUGAACGAUCUAGAAUCACUUUUACCACUGACGAAGAUUAGCAUCGUAGCAAUUGAAGCCUUGCCAUCCUUAAUUGAUAGCUUUGCUUUUCAAAUGUGAACAUUCAUUUAUCAUCGGAACCGUGAUGGACAAACGCACAUUGCCGACGUUUAACUGUAAGGUGGCAUUGCACCACAUGUAUGUGAGAUUCUGGAAUUUCUUAGCGUUCAAAGCUUCUUAUUUGACGGGUUUUAUUUGCUUGUCCGUACGAAGAGUUUGCUAAUUUAACUCUAAUUUGUAACUUGUUUUUUCCAGUGUCGAUGGCGCUGGGUCAUUCAACAGAAUCUUUGUGUUGGAGAGCAGAACUUCUGUAAAGCAAACAUUGGGACAGAUCUUGUACUUUCCAUUAAUUUUUUUCACAUUUGGGAUCAUCGUAGGUAUGCAGAUAAACCUAAAUGUUAUGCAUACUUUAGUCACGCUUGUUAAAGCAGAGUGGGUCACGCUUUUGUCACGCCAAGACUAAUAUGGAGCUCAAUGUAAUGAAAGUUACUCGAACAGAAUGUGAGAACUGCUCGCAGUGAAAGACUUCCUUAAUUAUGUGGUUUUGCGAAUGUUUCAGUAUUUCUAACAGUGUUUUAAGUACUUUGGUGAAAUUUUUUACACUAGCACUAGCUGAAUGAUAAAUUUUGAUGUAGUUUAACACUCACCUCCAGUUCUCUGUGGCUCAGUCGGUGGAGCGUCCAAACACGAAAUUGGAAAUGGCCUUGGUUUAAAUUCUCUCAAAGGCCCGAGAUUUUUACUUUAUCCUAGGCUCCUGCAAUAUGUUUAACAAUUGUUAACCGCAAAUUAUGUUGGUUUUAUUUUACUUUUAAUUUGAAGGAACUGUUUACUGGCAAGCUGAGGAGAGAGAUGGAAUUUUGCUGAUGUCUGCGUACUGUGUGUACUGCUGUGCCAGUCCCUUGUUUCUAAGCUCUGUCCUGAUGGCGCACCUCAACAAAGCUUUAGAUGUAAGUACCCUAAAGAUAUUCAAGAGCCUCUCUUUCUCUUGGAAUUAUGGUGCAAAACAUAUCACAUUUACGCUCGCGCAUGUGUGGUCCCUCUGUGAUGGUGCAAAGCAUGAUGGUUGAGAUCAUUUCACGGGAAUAAUAAAAAGAACAAACACUACUGGUCCUUAGCUACCGCAAAAACAUCAACCCAAAAAAAAACUGCGUAAACUUCAUGAACAAUGGGUUAAGUUUUUAAAGAAACUGUGGUACUGCGUCAGAGGGGGUUACAACAAGAUAAUUUUGUUUUAUCAACCGAUUUGAUAAAGUAAAUUGGCUACCUUAAAGAAUUUCUAAAAAAUCUUUAUGGUGGCCGAGUUACAUUAUUGACACCGAGAAAUAUUUAGUGCGGUUAUGCUUUUAAGAUUGAAAACUUUUCAUAAUUACUGUAAUGCAUUUACAACUUUUUCGUACAUUUUUACUUCUUAGAUUUUUCGCCUUGAACGUCAAGACGGUUGUGGUAGAUCUUACGAGAACGUGGUACAAACGUUUGUUCGGACGACAGCAUUAUGUGCUUUACCGGUGAUCAUGUGUUCCACGAUGUCUUACUUGAUGGUACGUUCUUUUACGAUCAUUUAUACGUUUUUAUUAAUAAAUCAUUUCCUAGGAUUGCUUUGAAGGCAAAACGAAGGCAAAAGGAUGUAGGAUUCACCUUCAUUCCAUCCAACGAGUCAUCCUGGGGAAGGGAAAAUCUCGUCAAGACAUGAUUGAUUUCAGUUUUUUAUCGGCUUGGCAGAUAGGACGGCCGCGGAAAAUUUCUUAGACCAAUCAUAAAGCAAAACUGAUGUAAAACGCUCGAUUGGAAGUUGAUUUCUUCUGCCUUGUUGAUACACAAAUGAAGGAAAAAUGAUAAAGUUUAAUUUUGGAAAAAAUCGACACUAUAAACGAUUUUUUGGUAAGGUUGCUGCAUUUUUGUCUUAUUUUCUCAGGUCAUGACGUCGUAUGAUUUGUGGAAGUUCCUUUUGGUAACAAUCAUUUCAUUGGUUUUGAACCAAACCUGGAUUGCAGUCUACAUGAUGGUGAUUUGUGCACAUCCGGGAAUCUCUCAUCGCAUUUGUCCAAUGGUAUCCGCCAUCGGAGGCUUCGCGGGGGGCUUUUUAGUACCCAGACCUCAAAUGCCAGUUGUGUGAGUGUUGUAAGCUCCUGUUAUUUAAGGUGUGCGUUUAAGAAUCUGUUGGAAUUCUCUGGAGCAGGGCAAUGACAUUUGAAAUAGGAAUUGUCACAUGUUUAUUCUGCCAGAAUUUUAUCAAAAAUAAGUGUAAUUUUUGAAAGAAACAUAUAAUGGCGUGAGGAUGAGUCAUGAUUUCAAGGAGGGUAGGAAGAAGACUGAAAUAAGACAGAAUUAUAAAUUGAGAAACCUUGUUAGGUUUUGGUCAUUCAUGUCGAUCACGAAACAUCCAAAUGUACUAGCUUGAUUCUGAGGAACAGUACCUUAAAAACAAGGAAGUUUCGAUAAAUAACGAAGGUUCAUGAUAGGCAAACUCCAAAAUCAAAUGAAGGAGUAACUUCUCCUGUUGGCGCACAGUCAUGUGAAAUUCUAUAACCCUAAUGAAUUAGGCUUUUCUAUUUCUCAGAAGCUACCAUUAUCUAGCUGAAAUCAAAGCGACUGGCACAAUUUGCAAAAAGUUUCUUACGUUUUAAACACUUGUUUUACGUCUCUCUAUUUCUGGUUACAUUUCAGAUACAACCUUCUAUUUUACAUCAAUCCCCAAUUUUAUGGCUACUCAGCAAUGACUAAAGUCCUGUUGUUAAAUGUUCGACUGAAAUGUGAAUAUGAGUCCACACUGAACUGUAUCAGUACGGACGGUAAUGCUGUACUGGCCAGGUUUGGCUUUGAUACCGUCAAUGUCUACGAACACUUGGUGGUGAGUUAGUUUUGGUGACUUGAGGACGGUUGAUGCGCAUAAAUAUUGACUGAAGUUCUCUUUACUGUUAGCGUUGUUUUCUUAUUAUGGACAGAUUUUGGUGACGUUGUUUAUUUAUUGUACACUCUUGGGGGACUCGACCAGGAAAACAUGUCAUAAGUUUGAUGAGUUUUCAUUCUUAGGUAUUCUUAAGAGAAAUUUCAACUUCAGUGAGUGCUGAAAUUAAAAGCUGGUGUUACUUAGGUUUUGCUUGUCUGUGCCAUGCGAUUGAUCUAGAAAACUCCAUUUGCCUUUUUAAUUGAUCACUUGCAAACCUGUAACCAAUUUCGAGUACAUGAAUACACUCUCUUUCCCUCGCUUUAGCCUUUCAGUUUGAUUUUUCUUCAAGCUACCAAUGGCUCUUUUUCUUUAUUGAAAAACUAUCGUUUUUCGUUUUUCGUUUUUCCAUUACUCCAGAAAUGUCUCCCAAUUCUUACUGUCGUUAAACUACAAUUGUUUUGUUGUCCAGAAGAUUACGGUUAUUCCUCGUGGUGAAUACAGAAGAAGCGGAGUAUUAUCGUUUGUCUUUCUGUGUUCUCACUUUUCAAUGUUGAGUCGAAAAGAGGGAAUCCCAAUUGGAAGUGACUACAUUGCAAGACCAACUAUAAUACUUCAUUCCUACUGUUAUUAAAAUUUUUUUUACGUCGUAUUUAAGACAUCCUUAUUUUAAUUAAAAUAUUGUUUUUUUCAGAUAAUGCUAGGGAUGACAGUGUUAUCUUUGCUUCUCGCUUGGUUGUUUUUAGAAGCGAAAAACUUCACCAUCCCCUCCCUCACUAAAACGUAAGUCUUUCUCUCUGUUUUCACCUUGUAACGUUGUUUAUCUGAUUUACAUAUUAUAUCAACCGCUGACAACUUUUACCGCGCUACAAACUUUAGUUUCCAGGCUUCUAAGCUUCAUCGCUCAAAUUGUUUUAAAAUUCUUUUGAAGCUAAGCCGUUUUAAUGGUUCUUGAGUCACUUCAACCGAGCUCUGAUUUGUAUAAUCAAAAAUUUUUGUAGGAUUCGAAUAUUAGUUCUGACAAAAGAGCAUUUUUACUUUCAAAAUUGCCUUUAACCAGACUUCGAAUAUGAAGUAUCAAAAGUAUCAUUCUGUUUUUUAUCUUGUUAUUCCCAGUCCCCCAGCCUUUUUAACCGAGCCUGAAGAGGAGAAAUUGGAGGUUGCGGUUGUGCCAAUGACGCCAAUUGACGAAACCUUAGUCGAUGAGGACGAGGAUGAAAUACUACCGGAGAUACCCUUAAAACCAUUCACUCGCAAUCGGAGAUCCGCAAAAUCCAGGCUUGGACUGAUCAGUGGCAACCAAGGUUUCCAUUCUGUCAAGCUUCCCUUACACAGGCGUCAGUCUAGUGACGCGAAUAGCGUCCAAAACACUGAACAAGCAAUUGAUGGUGAGAAUGUUGACUACGUUGUACGCCGAAGGCGAUUGGUGAGCAUUUCAGGGAAAGAACUUUGGAGAUCCACCAAACAGCGCGUAGAGGAGAGGAAAAUGGACUUUGACAAGCGUUUGUCACAAGUUGAGAAAAUCGCCCGGCGCUAUACAAUAAAACACUCUCAAUCCGUGCGAAGGAGAGCGAAGGAGAAGGCAGUCGUUGCUCGAAGAAGUACCAUGGCUGCAUCGGCUUCAAAUGAAGCUAACAGGCCGGAGUUUAUUACCAAAAGAAAUGGUCGCUUCCAAGAUGAUUGCAGGAAGGGGCUGUUUCAGGAGGUGAUUGAAGAAUCGGAAGUGGACGGAGGAGGCGGUGAGAUGAACGAGGAUGAGGUGCGAGACGUUCUUAACCAGGAGGCUGAAGCUGGAAAGAAGCAAAGGGAAGAAGAAAGCGCUACUGGAUCCAGUGAAGGAGAUGUCUUGCAGCUACACACUGUGAAGAAACCUUUCGACAAUGAAGCUAGAGGCUUUGAAAUUCAAGAGCAAGGACGAUCUAGAGGAGAUGAAGAAGGCGCUGACCAGCAACAUGUGUCUGGUUGUGAGGCUCAGAAGGAUAAACAAAAAUCUGUGAAGAAAGUCUCCAUCAUAGAAUAUACUGAAAGUCUGGAUGUAUAAUACGGCGGAAUUUCCUCAAUUUUACAAUUUCCAAAUAUCAAGGACGACACAUGCAGAUGUAAAGCAGGAGAACCAGAUUUUAAUUUUUGCAUUUUUUAUUUCGUAUUUUGGAAUAAUGUGCAGUUAACUGUGAAGAUUAUGCAUGAUAAAUAAAUCAGUAUUUAUAAAGACGUUGUGACAUCAGGG